UUCAUGAUAUUUUUUGUGGAUAUCACCAAAACGCUAACGUAAGCAAGAAGUGUUGUGACGUGACUGAAAUGCAAAUGCAGUGCCCUACAAAGCGUUUGCAUAUCUAUUUAUUAUUUGAAGUGGCAAAGUGUGAAUAAGACUGCUUUGACUGUGAUUUCAAUCGCAAAACAUUGUUUAUGAACAAUUUGAAGAUUCGUGGGAACAGGAGGUUAGUCACCUGGUCGCUCGCUGCAGUCGUUUGAGAAACUCGUCCGACCGCCCCUCGAAUUCCAAUCAACAAUUUCAUCUCCGAAAUAAUAAAACAUCACAUUUUAUUACCCUCAGCCAUGUAGGCAUUCAUUCAUUCGAUCGUCGUUUAUUUUGUUGUAGUUGAAAUAAUGCCAAAGGCGACAGUGACGCCCUCAGACGUCGGAAAGUGCAACCCACAGGAUCGAAAAUAGCUUUCACGUGAAUAGACAACAGAUAUUACGACAACUUUGCAUCGGUACUCGGACGACGAACAGCAACAGAAAUGAGCCUGAAGACGAGAGGGAUCGUGUUCGCCACCUUUUUCGGUAGCUGCUUGAUCGUAGGUCUCUUGGUGGCGGCACUUACCACCGACAACUGGGUGCAGGCCAAUGCCAAGCGGUACAACUCGAGCGAAUCGCAAGGACGAAUCCAUUUCGGGCUGUUCAGCGGCCAGAAACAUCUGAACGUGGCGUACGGCUGGCGGAAGCACGACAUUGAUGUACUCGCCGUCCUCCGCGAUGAACCGGACGUUAUGAGCUAUUGGUUAUGGCUCGGAGCAGCCAUUGGCACCGGCCUGGGAGCGUUGGGCGGUGCCGUUGGUGCUGUAGCUUCGGUUCUGAAAUCCUCAUCGGCAUCGAAAAAAACCGGUACGAUGGUGGUCCUGUAUGCCAGUAAUAUCCUCGCGGGGAUUUCGCAAAUCAUAUCGUUCGCCUGCUGGGUACUCCAGUUCAUCCAACAUCUCCAGCACAAUGUUCUAUUGACGGAUGAUCGAAAUAACAACUGGUACAGCAAAGGAUUAGCUUCGCUGAGCACCAGCUUCUACUUUGUCGUCGCUGGCAUAGUGAUUGUAAUGAUCAACAUCACGCUGCUGAUUGUAGCCACCACCAUUGAGAAGCGGGAACGGAACCGAGUGCUGGAAGUGCCCACCGACGAGAAGACUCAAGGGGCGAUCAUGCUGUACUGAAAUCGAUACUGCCUUGAAGGUGAGAUGUGAAU